UGUGCCCAACGUCUGAGUCACCGGCAAAUUGAAACACAUGUCCUACUCAACUCUUUUAUGUUCUCUAGCAGCUAUUUCCUUUCCUCCUGGCAUUAGCAAAACAAGCUGACACCGUGUUAUCUCUUUCCAGUACCUUGCUUUCUGAUGACAGCAACUUCCCAAGACUUCCCCAGAUAGUCCCCAUAGGCUCAGAAGCAACCGCCACUUUUCUCUAAACACCAAUUGCGGCCCUUGGUUCCCAGCCCCCGUCCCUGGAGUCCGUGCUCUCCUCCCCACUACCCUACCCCACCGCUGCCUCAGGCCCUCCCUCCGCGGCGUCGGCAGCUCUUGCUCACCUCGGCCCCUGACAGGAAGGGGUGCGAAGGCCCUGUGAUCGUCAGGUGUGGGGAAGUCAUGUCUCCUCCUGCAGUUUACAGAUAAGCGGUUCCAGCCUGUCCACGACCUCACAAUAGGUGUGGAGUUUGGAGCUCGUAUGGUCAACAUUGAUGGAAAACAAAUCAAACUGCAAAUCUGGGAUACGGCUGGGCAAGAAUCCUUCCGUUCUAUCACCCGUUCCUACUACAGGGGAGCAGCUGGAGCACUGCUGGUGUACGACAUUACAAGGCGUGAAACCUUCAACCACCUGACCUCAUGGUUAGAGGAUGCCCGGCAGCACUCUAGUUCCAACAUGGUUAUCAUGCUCAUUGGGAAUAAGAGUGACCUAGAGUCCCGCAGGGAUGUGAAGAGAGAAGAAGGAGAGGCCUUUGCUAGGGAGCAUGGACUUAUAUUCAUGGAAACUUCAGCCAAAACAGCCUGCAAUGUUGAAGAGGCCUUCAUUAACACAGCCAAAGAAAUAUAUAGGAAGAUCCAGCAGGGUUUAUUUGAUGUCCACAAUGAGGCAAAUGGCAUCAAGAUUGGGCCCCAACAGUCAAUUUCAACAUCAGUGGGACCCAGUGCCUCCCAGCGGAACUCUCGUGAUAUAGGGUCCAACUCUGGCUGCUGCUGAACAUCUGGCUUGAACUUUUUUUUUCCUUCCUGGAAUAGCUUCAGAUCAAUAGGCUUAAUGAAAGAGGUCUUUCUUGCUUUGGCUGAGAGCAGCCUCUUUUUAAAGUGUGAUGUUUUGCCUUUCCACCUAAAGACCGGGAGAGAAUUUGGGCCCUUACUGACCUGUCCUCCUUCAGGGACAUGAGCAUUCCCUAUAGAUUAGGGUUCUUCUUAUCCUCCUAUACUAAUUUCUUAAAUUGUUAGGAUCAAAGUUGGUUAUCACAGUAGUUAAAAAAUAAUUUCAUGGCGGGGCGCCAUGGCUCAUGCCUGUAAUCCUAGCACUUUGGGAGGUCAAGGCGGGCGGAUCACCUGAGGUCAAGAGUUCGAGACCAGCCUGACCAACUUGGAGAAACGCUCUCAACUAAAAAUACAAAAUUAGCUGGGUGUGGUGGUGCAUGCCUGUAAUCCCAGGUACUCAAGAGGCCAAGGCAGGAGAAUCACUUGAACCCAGGAGGUGAAGGUUGCGCUAAGCCAAGAUCACGCCAUUGCACGGCAGCCUGGGCAACCAAGAGCAAAACUCUGUCUCAAAUAAAUAAAUAAAUAAAUUUUUUUUUCUUUCUUUCUUUUUAUUAUUAUACUUUAGGUUUCAGGGUACAUGUGCACAAUGUGCAGGUUUGUUACAUAUGUAUCCAUGUGCCGUGUUGGUUUGCUGCACCCAUUAACUCGUCAUUUAGCAUUAGGUAUAUCUCCUAAUGCUGUCCCUCCCCCCUCCCCCCUAAAUUUUUUUUUCUUUUUUUCUUUUUUUUUUUUUUUUUGAGAUGGAGUCUCGCUCUGUCUCCAGGCUGCAGUGCAGUGGCACGAUCUCGGCUCACUGCAACCUCCACUUUCCAGGUUCAAGCAGUUCUCCUGCCUCAACCUCCCGAGUAGCUGGGACUACAGGCGUGUGCCACCACGCCUGGCUCAUUUUUGUAUUUUUAGUAGAGACGGGGUUUCACCAUGUUGGCCAGGAUGGUCUUGAUCUCCUGACCUCAUGAUCCGCCUGCCUUGGUCUCCCAAAGUGCUGGAUUACAGGUGUGAGCCACGGUGCCCGGCCUAAAUAAAUAAUUUCAUAAGCAUAUGCAAUCCACUCCCCACUAAGAAUUAGGGUCAAGGACAUUCUGCUUGAACACUUGCAAUUACCUAGAUCUAGUUGGCCUUUGGUUGAUAGAUCCUCUGCCUCAGAAUUUCAUUGAGUUUUUUUCUUCCUUGCCUUUGGGGAUUUACUUGCCACUUGCUAAGAAUUCUUGUAGAAGGCAGUUGCCCAAGAGCACUGAGUACUUCUCUACUAUCCUAUUAUUAGCUUCUAUCUCUUAGUGUAACUUCAAAACUUUUAAGAGCAGUGAAGUUGGUCAGGACAUGUGGCCACUUAUUACCUAAAGAAAACAUUUGUUCCCUGUUCAUUUUAUUUUAGGGACCAGAUCUAACAUUGUAGUGUCUUUCACCAGAUAGACUUCUACUGUUUCAUCAAACUCCCUUCUUAACUAGACCUAGACUUUCUACUCCAAUCAGGCUAAUCUACUUACUGAAUGUGACAUAUUUAUUCCUAGUUCCAUACCUUUGACAUGCCAUACUCUCCACUAACUAUACUUAAAAGUCCACAAAUUUUUUCUUUAGUAACAGACUUAGGUACUUCUAAGCAAUUAUUAACACAAUAUUCCUUAGUUUUCAUAUGUUGGUUAUUCAUAAGUAUAUUUAUAUGUAUAUUUAUUUUUAUGUAUGUUACUAUGUAAAUAUGGUUUGCAGUUGUUUUUGUGUGGAAUCUUGUCUUUCCAUGUAAGUUGUAAGCUCCUUGAGAGCAGGAUCCAUGUCAUUCAUUUAUUUUUAUAAAUUACUCCCCCUAUCAUUCCUUUACAGUGCCUAGUGCUACUCAUUAUGUGUUCAUUGAAUUUGACUGACAUAGUUAAAAACUUAAGGUUUAUUUUAGACUUUAAAGGAAACAAAAGACUUUAGAGUCCUCUCUUCGUAAUUCUGCCCCUCUCAUUUGUUUACUCUGGGUUUUAUACUGUUCUUUUCCUUCUCCCCUCCCACCUUUCCCUGGCUCUUUGCCUCCAUUCCAUGAGGCAUACAGUAAGGCUGCCUGCUAGUAAGCAGUCAGAUAAGUGGGUACCUAUCCAGCCAUUCUCUUUUCAGAGCAUAUAAUACUAUCUUAGCCAAAUUUGCCUUUGCUUCACUCAUCAUGCAGCCUUCUGGGUUGGUUGCUAUAUAUAUCUUUUUUCCAUGAUGUUCCAUUCUCUUCCACAGCACUGAGGUCUUAUGAAUUUUUCUACUUUCUUUUUGCUGUUGAUGAAUUGUUUCAUUAUUAAAUAUAUGCAUGUAUCAAAGCUA